AUGUCUUUUAUCCCCAAGGUGGCCGAUAACUCAUGGCGACAGAAGCUUCGAUGGGUUCCGACCAAGGUGAACCUUGAUGAACACAUUGUCCUCGCCGAUCCUGGUCCUAAAUCCGCUGAGGCUGCCCGCGACCCUAAUGUCGGUGAUUUAUAUGUCGAAAACUACACCGCUGGUCUCUGUAGCUCCCAACUCGACUACUCUCGGCCGCCUUGGGAAGUUCAUAUCCUUCCCAUACGAACGUCGGAGGCCGCUUGUGUCGCCGUCUUCCACCUCAAUCACUCCAUGGGUGAUGGGACCUCCCUCAUGUCGCUCUUACAUGCCUGCACUCACCGCACCUCUGACCCUGAGUCCCUUCCAUCCCUUCCUAAAACACGGCGGCACCCCACCCCUGUAGCUGCCAACUUUGGCCCAUUCAUUUUCCUAUGCUGGAUCUGGAAUUUUCUUAUAUACUUGUGGAAUACCCUUAUUGAAGUUAUCCUCCUUGUCUCCACCCCCAUCUAUUUGAAGGACACCAAAAUACUGAAUAUGGGGAAAGAGGGCAUUGAAUAUCGGCCUAGGCGGAUUGUCCACCGCACUCUUUGUCUUGAUGACAUUAUAACCAUAAAGAACACCAUUGGUUGCACAAUAAACGAUGUUUUGGUUGGAGCCACUUCUGCCGCUCUGUCUCGUUACCUUAGCAGGAAGUACGGUGGCCUUCUACCCAAACAAUUGUUGAUCAGAGCUGCUCUGGUCGUCAAUAUUCUGCGAAUAUCAGGAAUUAAUGAUUUAUCAUAUAUGAUGAAGGAAGGCAGUGAAGCGAAGUGGGGUAAUAGGAUUGGCCAUUUUUUGCUUCGGUUACCUGUAUUGAAGUGCGAGGAUCCAUUGGACUAUGCAAGGAAUCCGUUAACGAUGCAAGUUCAAAGUUAUUUGAACAAGAUAAAGGUCGUUGUUCAAGUGGAUGAGCAAGCAAUUCCAGAUCCUCACAGGUUUCUGGAUGACAUAACUCACUCAGUACAAAUCAUGAAGGGUGCAGCUGCCUCGCUUAUUCCAUCUUCCCGUAAUCUUCAGAAGGUCCCAAUUGUUCUCUCAAGCUCUUAG